CUACUACGUGACUCAAUUAUUGAAUCAACGGGGCCACCCUCCCCACUCCUCAAGCACUGGUAAUGCAUUUCGUGGGGAUGUCUCAUCUUCUUCAGAGCGGCUCGCAAGAAAAGGGAGAGUUUAUGACCAGGCACACCUCAGUAAAGAUUAAAACGGAGUAAACAAGCCUUCUUCCUGAAACAAGAAAACUGCUUUCUCCACAGAGCAGCAUCAUUCUCAGGAAUAAGAUAACGGUAUUGAAACAGCAGAGCUGACUGAAGGGCUCACCCCAGCUGUAAGGAGCAUCAUGGCAGACCCUGACUAUGAUGAUGACAGCGAUGAAUUGGUUAAACCCAAAAAGCUCAUCAAUCCAGUGAAAACCUCCAGGAACCACCAGGAUCUUCACAGGGAGCUCCUCAUGAAUCAGAAAAGGGGCCUCGCUAUUCAAAACAAACCUGAACUGCAGAAGGUCAUGGAGAGGAGGAAGAGGGAUCAGGUUGUGAAAGAGAAGGAGGAGGAGGCGGUGAAGAAGAUGAGCGCCCUGGAGAUCGAGCUCAUGAAGAGGCAACAGAAACUGGAGCAGAUUGAACUUGAUAAACAAAAAAAUGAAGAAGAGCAGGAGAAUGCUCCUGAGUUUGUCAAGAUGAAAGGUAACCUGAGGAGGACAAAACAAGAAGCUGAGAGACUUGAACACAAUAGCUAAAUUCAACCGCACAGUCUAUGGCACAUCUAGAGAACUACAUUUCUACAGGUUUUGUAUCCCUACAACCAACAAAGAGACGUUAUCUUUGUAGAGACCCAAGCACCUUUGCAGUGUUGUGAGGCUUAGCAGUAUUUACUUCUUUAAUAUCAUUGGAGACAGGCAGUAACGCAAAGACCAGUAUAUCAACAUGCAUACAUUUCAGUUGAAACUGAAGUUUGUUCCGUUGUGAAAGAACUUGGAACUUUUAACAGAUGCAAAAUGAAGCCAGGGAAUGCUACUUUUUUCAAUUUAAGAUUGGAAACUUGGACACUGGAUGAACCUUUGGAGCUGCACUAAAGUGUUGAAAAGCCAGGCUCCGUGCAGAUAUCAUAAUAUUAUUUAUGUAUUUUUGCAAUCAGUCAUAGGAGUUUAAAUAUGUGUAGAGUUUUCUUUCCUUUUUUUAUGUCAUUUUUUGUAAACUAAAUUCCAGAAGUUAAUUGGAACUGAAGGGGGGAACUGCUUGGCUGUGCAGUAAACUUGUUUUUAUUAUUAUUAUUUUUAUUUUAUUUUUUUAAUUUGGUUGUUUUAAGUUAUGUGAGAAGUCCAGGUGUGGGUGUCUUUCAUUUUUUUUCUUCUAAUAGGUCAAAGUUUUACCCAUGCCAAUAUUUCUGUCCACAGAUGUUAUGGAAAUGAAAGAUUUGCGCUGAUAAUUUAAUGAUAUAUAGUGACAUUUUAUGACAAUGCAGUUAAAAGGGGACACAGAUUUGAGUUUCCCUAUUAUAUCUAGCAUUCACUAACUUGCAUUUUUUUUCUGAUUUUCUGAAUGCAACAAUGUCUUUAAAUAAAGAUGACCAUAAUUUACAGGAAUAAA